AUGCAGGGCCUUGGCCUCUGUUUCCUCCUCUGCGUCUCUGCAGCGCUAGGGGAGUUGUCUGCAGUGGAGGACCUGAGCAGUCCUGGUUUCGACACUAUUGUCUUUGUUAACAACUUGACGGGAAAUGAAUCUGGCGAAUUCGACUCAAUUGUGCAAGCGCUGAAUACGUACUCAUUGGUGAGUCCUUCAAAUCGCUUUUCAGUAACGCUUAAGGCUGUCAGUAGCUUUUAAAAGCAUUAAGCUAUGCGGCAACGGGACCAGUUUUCGCUGCGGUUCGUGUAGGGGAUAGUGUACCUUCCUACUUGUGCGUUAGUUCUUGUUGACUACGAAGUACUUACUGACUGCCAAAUUUGGCUUCCUAGAAGCUACAGUAAGUGGGCUAACUCAUGAAAUGUCGACAGAAAUUCCGAAAUGCGUUUCCGUUUCGUUUGGAUAAAUUAAGUAGGGUUGUAAAACCAAUCAUCCUGCAGCAUAAUCCUAUAGUAAUUCAGUUACCCCAGGACGCCGGCUUUCGAACAAACUUCCUUCCGGCUGCAUCCACAAGCCAUACUCCGUAAAAAUGACUACUUAUGUAACCUGCAUUUUUUUCAUUGAUUUUCGAUGCCCUUAAAGAUUCAAUUAUAUUUCGUGGAAAACAUGCAUAUAAAUAUUGAUUCUUCUACUCAUUCGGUAGGAAAUUAAAACUUCUUUCAAUUUUGUCCUCGAAGAAACGGUUUGAUUCGGUUUUCUAAAACUUUUCCAAUUCCGUAAUAAUUUUAAACCCGGCCUGCCGUUACACUUGCUUUCAGGGUUCCCAAACUACAAGCCGUAUAAUUUCCGCGUACGGAGAACCACACACUUCUCUACCGUAUUAAGAGGAGACCAUAUGGGUUUCGUAACAUGAUACAGUGGAUUUGAGCCACAUUGUUAACUUCACAAGCCACAUUGGUAAAUGGAGAGGCAUGGGGAUUUGUGGAAACUAUUUGACAUCGGGACAAUCACUCCUUCUCUUAGUAGUUUAUGAUGACGGCUAUUAUGUCAGAAACGAGCAUACCAGUUUCUAACAUCUCUGUUGAUAUUGACCUCAUACUAUUCCCCGCCGGUAUGUUACUCCUUGCGAGCGCUCUAGACUGCAGCUUCGAGACGACAUUGAGCAUCAUAUUGAGUUUAUCGGGGACCUUUCUUUUUUUACGUGAAAGUGACACUAUGCUAACAGCCCAGGUACUAGCCAAAAACCCAUACACAUGUGUUUCGCUGGUAUUCUGCCGCUGAAUGGCACAGCUGCGAGAGGUUGGGUUCAUCAGUGGGACUUCCAGCAUUCCCCGUCUCUUUUCUGGUAGAUACCCCAAUUUUUAAUUUCCUGAGAAAUUUACUACGAACUGGGAGUAGAUCAGUUUAUUCAGUGUCUGUAGGCUCUUACCGAGCCGAACCCCUCGCAGCUGCGCCAUGCAGCGGCAAAAUAUCGGUAAAACACGCGUGCAUGGCCUAUUGACUAGUAGCUGUGCUGUUAGUAUGGUAUCACCUUAUCCUAAAGUAUACUACUAGCUGCCUGUCGGCAGUUAAUGCAUAUUAAACGGUUAACCGCUGUAGUUGAUGGACUCCGGUCCAAAUAUUCAUACAUACAAUUCUCGGUCUGAGCCUAUAGGCCUUGAAAAAACUGAUCUACUCCAAGCUGGUAGUUAAUUUCUGAGGAAAUUAAAAAGCGACAACAUUUUUAUUUUAUGAAAAAACGAGAAACUAUUAGUAAAUCCACAAGACGCCCUACAUAAGCGGAGACCUAAAGUCCUCUGUCCCAGGACAAUUGAAUGGGCUAGGUUAUUUCGAAGUGUUCCGCCAAAAAUUUGUGCAUUAUCCUAACGGUGUGUACGCUUGCUGUGGCCUUUAACGCAUCCUGGCUCAAUUUCUAUGCUGUCAUGCAUAAAACACACAGUAGGAGAAAUUAACAGGUAAUAUAUUUUGCCAUAUUGUGGUGCUGCAGGUAGGAUCUGCUUUCCCGACGAUCACGAGGCCUGGCGAUGACAGAAUCCGAUGAGUGCCAUCCAGUUCUCCCUAAAAAUCUUUGCCUUUCUAAUUUCUGACACGUGCAUGCUAAACCCUUUCUCAUCCACCCAUUUUCCUAAAGAGGCCUGCUGAUGUGAAAACGGGUGUUUCAGACAGACCGCAGAUUCUUUUCGUCAUGGAUUGUAACACCAACUACUUAUUUGGUUGUAAGUAGUGGUGCACGAUAAUGUUUUUUAGAUGAGGUUAAACGCAUUGCGACAGACUGAGGGCUCAACCCAAUAAAAUGAAGUAGAUCUCGUGCCCUUUUAUGGAUGUCCGCACGUAAAACUGUACCAGGUACCCCGUCGAAAUCUACCAAUUUCUGAUGGGAAGACCACUAGCCAAUCUACCUUUCGAAACUGAAAUUUCAGUCAUCAAUCACACGCAUAAUUCCAAAGAAGAGUGCUCAUUGUCAAGUUAUUGCAUGUUAAAAGUUACUUAUUGCAUCAGAUGUGCAUAAAUUUCCCCAAAAUGUCCAUUAGAACGCGGAGGGAUAAACAUAGUUGGGACCGGAAGAUCAAUGACGUCCCAUCGUUAGUCUGAGCCCCUUUGGAAUUGUUCAGCUGCCGAUCUGAUGCCUACUGUGUCACCGCUAGGAAUACGACAGUGUGACUUUCCGUCUACGACUCUGAAAGGCAACACAACAACCGCUGUGUGGGUUGGUUAUGACUAGCUGAUGACAGCCAGUAAGCCAGAAAUGACCAUUCCAGUCUCCCUCGUCUUUGUGGGACUGACUCAUGAAGUCUCAACAGAAAUUCCGAAAUGCAUUUCCGCUUCGAAAAGAUAAAUUAAAUAGGCCUGUAUAACCCAAUAGCAUGCAGCAUAAUUCGAUAAUAAUUCAGUUACCCCAGGACGCCGGCUUACGAAGAAACGUCUUUCCGGUUGCAUCUAAAAACCAGACUCGGUAAAAAUCGACCAGCUAAGUAACAUACAUUUUUACCCUUGAUUUUCGAUGACCCUAAAAGUUCAAUUUUAUUUUAUGCAAAACAUAUAUAAGCUAUUCAUCCUUCUACUCAUUCGGUAGAAAAUUACGUCUUCUACCAAUUUUAUACUCCAAGGAAGGGUAUAAUUCGGUUUUCAAAAACUUUUCCAAUCCCAAAUAAUUUUGAACCCGCUGAACCGUUACGCUUGGAUUCAGGGUUUCGAAACUACCAGCCGUAUAUUUUCCGCGUACGCAAAACUACACAUUUCUCUACGGUAAUAAAGGGGGACUGUAUAGGGCUCAUAAAAUUUAGCAGUGGAUUUGAUCCAUAUCGUCAACUUUACAAGCCACAUUGGUAAAUGCAGAGACAUGACGAUUUAUGAACGGUCAUUUCACAGUAUUUAAAAGUCCCACAAUUAGAAACUUCUUUAACACAAACUUAUAUCCUCCUUCGAGCAUAAAAUUGGAAGACGUAAUUAUCUACCGAAUGAACUAAGGGAGAAGUAUUUUUAUCCAUGUUUUCCAUGAAAUAUAAUUGGACAUUUAGGGGCAUCGAAAAUCAAUGAGAAAUAUUCAUGCUGCAUAUGUAGUCAUUUUUUACAGAGCCUAGUUUUUGCAUGCAGCCGGAAGGCAGUCCAUUAAAAAGCCGACAUCCUGAUGUAACUGAAAUAUUAUAAAAGCAUAUUGCAGGCAAACUAGUUUUACAACCCUAUCUACUUUAUUUUUUCGAAACGAAAACGCAUUUCGGAAUUUCGGUUGACAUUUCAUGAGCUAGUCCACCUACUGUAGGACUUAUAGACUGCAUGAUGAUGGAGUAGGCACUGGGUACCAAGCCUCAUAUGUGAGACGUUCUGUCCGUAAGGUGCACUGGUCUAAGACUACCUCUUCUUUGGAUGCCAAAAUUGUGGCUAGUUUCUCCGAUGUGAGCCGCAAGCUGUGAGCUUGGGUCUCGUCUCCGAGUUUCCAGUUUUGGCUCAUGUAGGCGGGUCUGCAAUUUCCGUCCGGUUUCCUCAACGUAGGGUCAAGCUCCAUCGCUAUAACCGUAUCUGAUAGACAACUGCUGAGGAAUCAGUGGGUGGCAGUAUGUCUUUAGGUUCCAUCAAACGGCGGUGAAUUGUUGCCGAGGGGGGGGGAGUCGAUGUGCAGUGCCUACCCUGGCGAGUUGUAGCAGACGCGAAACUGCCUCGGAGGCUCCUUUAAUGUAAGGAAUAGCCCUCCAGACUUCGGAUUGCUCUUCUUGUCGUCGUCAUCUGUCCACCCGACGCUUGCUUUUCUUGAUAAAUUAGCUUUUGUAUCCAUUGGCUCAACAGAGGUCGUGAAGACAUUGUCGUUCAACUCUUUUGUCGGCUAGUGUGCUGCAGUGUGUUUCAACUCUUUGGAAUAGAGCACGGACGCAGCUGGUUUGUGAGGAAGGGGGUGAUUGCCGUUGAAAUGCAGUGUUUGUCUUGUGUUAGUAGCUUUUUGAAAACGGUAGUUUGCAACUGUACAAUUGCACACCGACGCACAAGAACAUCGAGGAAGGGUUGUUUUUUUCAGCUUCCAUCGUGAAUUGGAUAUUCCGAUCAACCGAGUUCAGUAAUUCUUUAAGGUGGUCCACUUCAGAUGAUUUGGCAAUGGCGAACGUGUCAUCGACGUAACGAGCCCAGAACUUUGGUUGAUACUUGGUGAACACCAAGUGUUCUAUCCGUUGAAGAGCCACUUCAGCAAUCAGCCCUGAUAUGGGGGAGCCCAUAGGGGUGCCUUUGAUUUGUUCAUACAUUUGUCCACCAAAGGUGAAAUAUGUUUUUAAGCAAUAGCGUAAGAGCUCCAUGAGAUGUUCAGUCUUCAGGGGAUUGUCUCUCUCGUUGUAGCGAUCAGCCAGGAGUUGUCUCACAACGUCAAUCGCUAGUUGUUGUGGAAUGGAGGUAAAGAGUGAAACGACAUCAAACGAUACCAUGGAUUCAUCUGGCUCUAGUUUUAGAUGUUUCAAAGUUUCAAGGAACUGACUAGCAGAAGCCACUAUUGUUGGCAAACCCUCUGCCAGGAACUUAAGAUGAACGAACAUUCAUUUUGCCAAACCGUACGUUGGAUUGCCAUGUAUAGAUACGAUGGUUCUAGACUGUUUACUAACCUGAUAUUUAGGUUUCGGAGCUUCGAGCCCGGAAUUCGUAAACCCUUAUUUCGUCCGCUAAAGCCGUCCACAGUUAACCAUCUGCAUCUGAUGCACUAUGAUACAUGCAACAGUCGAAAGACACGUUUUUUCGUACACGCUACCGGGGUUUAAAUAUGCACAAAGAAUGGCCGAUUUUCACUUCCGACAAAACAAAUUAGCGUGCCAGAACCGACACCACGAUGAUGAAAGGCCUCUAAGAAUGGGAAAGCCCAACGAACGAAGAGGAACGACUUUCGUGCUCGGUGUAUCAUUCGCGUUUUUCACAACUGCGCUAAGGGAAUUAUUCAAAUGCGCAAAAACGUCAAUUAAUUAGGUAAGCCUGGCAGUCAUCUGAAGGAUAUAAGAUCAAUUCAGAUUGACCCAACUGUGAAAAACUCGGCGUCUCGGUGGGAUUCGAACCCACGCAGUAAGGGGAAGGCUUUAGUACAGCCAACGCUCUAACUACCUGAACUACGAGGUCCCGCCGGACGACGCGAGUUUAAUCCCAUUUGGGUCAAGUUGCCCGCCCAACCUACGGCAACGUCUGGAUUAAUUGCUUGAGAAUGCCUGACUGGGCUGUCAGUUUACUGUAUCGGUGGAUUUCACACGCUGCCGUUGGCUGACUUGGCCUAAACGUGAUCAAACCCACGGCUCACGGUGGUGCCUUAGAGCUCCGAUGGUUUGACUCUUGGCUGUACUCAAGUCUUGCCUUUGAUGUCGUGGGCUCGAUUCCACUGAGGCCGCCGAGGUUUUGCACAAGAGGGCCAAAUGCGUUCUCCCAAUCUGUCUAAAGCGUUAGUCAAUCAAUCUGUUUUUCCUUUGUGCAACUUCAAAGGCACGAAAUUCGCAGAUCGACUGAAAGCCUUCUCAGAGAGUACUUCGGCCUGAUGGGCACAGUAAUGCCAGUCUACUUAAUUAUUUUGAGUUGGAGUGAUUACGUUGGCAUGGUGUUGUUUUGCUUUGUGGUGUUCUGUUGGCAGCCUCGUUUGCUUUUUUGUUGUGUUUACCUUCUUCGGCCCAAUGCCGGUAGUCCUUCUUGACUUUCCGCCUGUCGUCUCUUUCUAACUUUCGCGUUGGACGAUUCAGGAUAAGGGUUUAGGGCUGCGGUUAAGGGCUAGGGUUGAUGUUAGGCUUAAAGAUAGGGGGUUAGGGCUGGGGCAAGGGGUUAAGGCUAGAGGUUAUGGCUGGGGGGGUGGGGCAAGGCGUUAGGGUCAGGUUUAGGGAUUAAAGGUCGGAGUUACGGUUAGGGGUCAGGGUUAGUGGUUAGGGUUAGGGGUUAGGACAAAAAUGUCUCAAGCUCUCAAAGUACAACCGCGCAUUCCCAAUAGCGUUUAUUUUGCAUACCGUUACCCGACCUCGUCAUCUGUUCGUUCCCCGGUCCUAACUGCAAAAACCCCUAUUACCACCGGUCCCGUAUUACGGGUGGCUGGGUUUUGUUUGCCUUAGUUGCGGCUACAUAACCAAAUCUGACCGGUAAUACUUUACAAGUGGUAGUUCCUUGUCCGGCUUUCAUACUGAAAAAGAAUCAGAGUCAAGUGUUUUAUCAACAGAGCUCAACGUUUUUCAUUCAAAGGACUGUGAUCGAAUCAAAUUUAUAUAAUUUCCCUGCAACUGGUUUUAACGUAUCGCCUGGUUAAAUGCUGCAUUUUAGUCUCGCUGACACCACGGCAUUGAUCGCGAUACUUAUCUGAUUGAAACCUAAACAUCACAACGCGCAAAAGCGGUGCAAUAAAUGGCACUUUUGGUACUUCUUGACAGCUUGAACUGAGCGAGCGUAAACACUCUAGAGACUGCCACGUGUAACCAUGUUUAUCCUUGACGAAUGUGCCUAUCGGAGACCAAUCAGAUGAAUUAUUUAUUGCGAAAAAAGCUUUCGAGACUGACGUUUGCAUCAAUCUACAUUUUUUCAUCGUUCGUUUUAGGUGCAUCCCCUGGCAUUUAAGGAAACAUGUGUUGUGCCCUUUCCAGGAAAUCCCAGCAAAAGGAUUGUAAGUUCCUGAGGCCGCUUUUUCUCACAUGUUUACCUUCGAACCUACCCACUGUACUUUUAGGCGAGUUCUGGUUUCGUUUAUAAAGAGUCGGAAUUGUCGUCAUUAACUAUUCACCUGAUUGAAGACAUUAGAAAACCCGGUAGUUAUUCAAACCUCCCACUCCUUUCCGAAUCUUUAAUAGAUCUCCAUGAAUGAUCCUACGCAUGUGCUAUUUUCAACCACGCAUCAAAACUGCAAGAUGACUGCUUUGAACUGCCCAGGAAUUGGUCGAAUCAGAUGCAUUACGUAGAUUUGUCUUGAAGUUAGUCAGCCUGACCUGUUUCGCGGUAGAUCCACCUAGUCACAUGAAGCAACGCAGAUUAGAAUUUGACUGUGAAGCACCCUGAAUAUCCCUUAUGGAAAAGCUGGACAAUUAGAAAAUUCCAAAAGUCAUCUCAACAAAAACAAACCGUUGGCAUGAGAUUAUGCUGGAAAUAGAGCAGUUCACGAAUUAAAGUCUCUCCUGUGUACGGAGACCACAGGGAUUUUUAAUGUUUCGUUUUUUUCCAACACACAGAUAAACGCGCCAACAGGUGCCUUGGACAGAGACUACGAUGACAGUCGCCGUAUUUAUGACGCCGCGAAGGGAGGCAUAAAGAAGUGAGUCGCCGUUAUCUACUUCGGUAUCAUGACAACCGCUGACUGAACCUUAAAAUUGAUGUGACUCGUUGAUCAUCCUUCUGUUUCAUCUGUGCUUGUGCAGUUGGAAUAUGGUGCUCGGACGUAGAUGACAUCGACCGUUUAAAGGCGUGAAAUAGGCGCCUGAGCAUCCACGUUCCCUAAUGACGGCGCGAUGUCAGGCUAUAAAGGUUUUCUGCCCUGUUUACAGUCUCUCCUAACAGUUGAUGAUAGUUUUGGUGUACCUUUCGCAGGAAACUGUUACCUACCAAGUCCAUUUUAGAUAUUCUCUAGUCUGAAAGAAGGAUAUCUACCGUGCGCCGGCUGCGCGGCCAGAAAUUUAACUAUCGGACGUAUCCUUUCCUCCUUACGAUGUAAAGGGAAUGAUUAGGGCUGCCGCGAAAUGUCAUCAUUAAUUUAUUAGACUAGCAGGACUGUGAUGUAAAAAAUCCAGAAAAUGUUCUUACUGAUGUUUGUCAGUAGUUCUUUCAUAGUAUUGUAAAAUGAGCUCUCUUUCUAGUGGAAAGCGGUUCGCGGAGUUAAUCCACGACACCUUACAGUCUAGCACUGACUUUUCAAUAAAACUCCUAAAUCGGAACACGAGGAUAAAAUAUAAACUAGGGAUAAGCAAGAGAAUACAAUGGAGUGGGAUUUGGCGUUAACUUUGGGUGUUCAUCAAGAAAAGUAUCAUCAGCCUGUACUUAGAUUUUCCUCAUAUAGUCUCAACAUCGGAGUAAAAAUCUUCGCAUGCUUUAAAACGUAAAACGAAGGCAUGUAACAGACUGUUUCACACUUUCGCCAGUCUACGAACGUGCGGCGGCGGCGAUGGCGGUGACUGCGUUUUUUGUAUCUGAGAUCGCUGGAAGGGUAACUACUGGCCGUCUAGCGCAUCUACAGGUAGAUGUUAGCUGCAAAAUCAGCAAGCUCUCGGGCCGGAAAAAUAGGCAAUUGAGGAUCUGAAACGACAGUACUGUUAGGUUGCAGGAGCUGAUGUCUGGUCGAAUUUAUAAAAUGCCGUACAGUCCCGUGACGGGCGUAGAUAACAGCAGCUGUGUAAAGGCGUUGAAGGGGCGUCCAAACAUCUAAAGGCAGUGAGGGGUUCGGGUUAGGUUGUGACCGCUGUCUGUAUUUCAAACACGCGUAGUGCGUGUGACAAUUCUCAGGUUGCUGGGGUGACGUAUGAUCACCACUUGGAGAUGACCAGGGAAGACAGACGGCCUGGUAACAGAGCGCAGGGCUCGCUAAUCGAGUAGCCACCGCUCGGCUGCUGUAAGCACUAGCCCGACGCCAGAGAGAGGGCGCCAGUAAAUUACUUUAAAGGCCUACGCAAACGGGCUCUAGCAACAGUCGAGGCGGUGGCUAUUCGAUUAGCAAACCCAACGUCUCGGACAAAAAAUCUGAGCGGCUGUUGGGGCCUGGCUAUGCUAAAAAUCCCCAAUAAUCCUUAUGAGUGAGGUUGACUAGACCAGGCACGAUCGCAGCCGUACGAAGCAUACGACUUAAGUUUGGUUAGACUCAGCACGGUCGGCUCGCGAUCUUAAAAGCGGCAGUCCGACCGCCCUUCGCGACGAUGUUCAUCAAGUGUUCCACUGCAGGUCGAACGCAGGGACGGUGACUUGUGUGUGAUUGUGUGCUGCGUAUGUGUGUGACGUGUGUGUGAGUGGUAGUAGACUUGCACAGAAUCUACUGCACCAUCACCUUCCUCAUCCGUCUGGGCCCCCUGUCAUCACAGAGUCAAGAAGACCGGGGAGAGGGUCAGACGCCAUGACUUACACAGCCAAACAGUCCGACUGCAUCGCAGGGUUGCAUAUGGCCGACUUAGGAAUAACUGGUUUCAUCCUCUUUGGCGCCAAAGCACCACACGUGUACCUCAAAGACGCCCUUCCAGAAUACGCACAUUUCAGCUCUGUGCAGGCAGUGAUUUUCUGUGGGUGUCACUAAAGAUACAUUUGCAUAAGAAUGCCUAUAAAACAUUUUAAAUUUACGUUGUGCAUAGCUCAAAUUUCAUGAGGAGUGACCGAUAAGACGUUAUGGGUAACUACCUUUGUACGAGCAGGGUGGCACUGCGACGUACUACUGAUUAAAAUACAAGGUUUAAAAUAAUUGUUACUUAUAUACAACGAGUACGAUAAUAUUUUUCUUUAGAAAUACUUAACUGUCAAUGUGCCGCUUGCUCCACUUUUCUGCCUGUCCUUAAGCGACGGUAACGUGAUGGUGGGCUGCGGCCGCCUCAUACUUCACUCAAAUUACAAAUUUGACAGUUCACACGUCUGUGUCCUCAGUUAACGCUCUCAUUUAUGGAAGGGCACGCUUCCUUCUCUCUGCUGCUGCUGCUGCCGCUGAUUGCUCUAAAAGACUUCUCUGAUUGGUUUGUCAGGGCAAUUGAGUUGGGAUUCAGAUCCCCACUGCUGGUUCUUGGGCCGCUUACGUCCGCACCCGCCGACGCCGUGUGGAUGGAGGGCAUCUUCCCGCAACUGAACGCGAUCAUGGGCGCUCUGUCUGCCCUUUACACGGUUGGUCAAUACACUUCAAAUCUUGUCGUCACGUAUUUUUAUAGUACCCUGUCUGAUUAGAAGCGCAGUGGUCCCUCCUCGAUCGCAAAGGUUGUUCGUGGUUAUUUUUACAUAUUUCAAGCUCCUACAAGUCCUGCCAACUUUUAGUAAACAUAUCUCACACAGUUAUCCAGCAUAAAGCCUUUUAUAUUCUCCUAGACAUUAGGCAAGAUUCGUUAGGAUGUGGGACUUGGGCGCGUAAUCUGACUGAAUGGCCACUUGGUCAUCAGUAGCUAGCGCCCGGUGCAAGAAAUCAACUGGACAAAUCAGCGGAGGAAGUAUGCACCAGAAAUAAAAAGGCCUAUUAUCCGCAAAAAACCGCAAACCAGCGGAAAGCUCUCCAUAUAUGUUUAGAUAUGCGUGCAUGUGAAAUCCGCGAUAGAGUUUAAGCGCGUUAAAGCGAGGGACUAGCCUACAGCUCGUAAAUAAUUCCGAAGGCUUCUGUCUAAUGUACCUGGCUGCUUUUUGUUCAGCUUUCAACGCUAAUAGAAGCAAACAGGUGUGUUCCUGUAAGCAGUUCAGAAGAAGACCAUGCGAUCACUGGAGCAAGAAGCUUAUUGGUCUGACGUUUCGGAUCCUCACUCGGACACAUCUUCAUAGACGGUCGCAGAUAAGGGAAAAGGAGGUACAAGGAGUGGAGAAUUUACAGUAGGCGGCUGCCUUGGGACCACAUACAUACUAUAAUUUACAGCUCUCCCGACCACCGCUGGGGGUCGUAAUGGAUGCGAUGAUGGCCUUUCAGUCCGCGUCCGAGUUCUUAAUGGCCGAGAUUGCACCAUCCAUGUUCGAUUUUGGCAUGAUGAUUACUCGGCAAUUUGCCUCGCUGUUACUUUAAUGGUUGUUCGCCCGCGCCCUCCCCGCGUGAUUGAUUUCCUUGCCCCAGGAAAGCCUCAGUACCCAGUAUGGAAACGGGAGGUCAUUGCGUUUCCUGGAGGACCAUGACUCGAGCAGCUCGCAAGUCAUGCGGUCGUUACCUCUGGCUGGACUAUUAACGACUCGAUUGCGGACUGACAAGCCACCACCGCAUCAAUUACGACCCCCAGCGAUGAUCGCGAGCUGUUACUUACAGUACGCACGUGGUCCCACGGCAUCCACGUACUAUAAAUACUGCAAUCUUUGUGACUCCACCAUCCUUAUCUGUGAUUGUCUCUGGAGAUGUGUUUGAGUGAGAACCCGAAACGUCAGGCUAAUAAAAUUCUUGUUCCCGUGAUCGCAUCUUGUUCUUAAAGGUUAAUCUUAUUGGCUUUCAAUAAAAAGUUUUAUGUCUACUUCCAGUCAGUAGGUUGAAUAAUGUGCUUAGCAGAUAGUACACUGUCAAAAGAGAAACGGGAGUCAGUUUGAAACCCGACAAGUUGUUCUUGCCCUCAGCGUAUAGGGCACUACACUAAUGCAACCCGCGCCAUAUACUGAGAGUAAGAGCUUUUUCCGAGUCAAACUUUGCAAAAAUAUGUAUUCUACAGGAGUCCUCCGACAGCGCUUUAACUAUUAUGAAAAUUCUUUGCAAUCUAUUAACUCACACUGAAGCCAAACCUAAUGCACAGUCUUUUCCACUAGGAACUUGCAAGUAAACAACUAAUUUCCAGAUGCAUACGUUAGAUUUUUUCUAUGAAAAAUAGGGAGGUUUGUCUCCAGCAGUGAUUUUCAGCGGAUCGGUUCGACGGCUACGCUGUAUGGACGUUUGUGUUACAACUUGGAUUAUGAACUCCAGGAAGUCAAAAAUGUUAGCAAAAGAAUCAGAGGUAGUAGUUAGAAUUGUUCGAAGUUCAUGGUAUCAAUAAACGCAGGCGAAUUCGAAGGAAUUCCCCAGAAGUUCUACUUCGUUAGAAGUUCCCAUCCAGGAGGAUUAUCCAUCUUGACAUUUAAUAUACAAAUUAGUUCUGUUCCUAUUCCUAGCUUCUGUGGCCUUGCAUGGUGCAGUGAUUGCUGUUGAAUAGGGCAGGAUACCAUGAAGUAUCUUACAAAUUUACUCCGGUUUUCCAAAAGCAUUGAAUUAGUUCCAACGCGUACAGUGCGUGAGCCAUCUCAUGAAAUGUUGGCCAAAAUUCUGGAAUGCGUUUUCGAUUAGGAAGGAUUACUAAGGUGGGAUUUCAAGAUUGAUUAGCAUGCAGCGUAAUACUAUAGCAUUUCGGACUCAUUAGGAUGUCGACUUUUGGAUGCACUUCUUUUCGAUCUCCUGCAGAAACCACACUCAGUAAAAAAUGACUACAUAUGUUGCAUGCAUUUUUCACAUUGAUUUUCGGUGGUCUUCUAAAUUCAAAUAUAUUUUAUGGAAAACAUUCACAAAAUAUGCUUUUUUAUUUUUUUGGUAGAAAAUCACAUUGUCACCACAUUUUGCAUCCGAAUAAAGUGUAUAUUUAAGCAUCAAAAACGUUUCUAAUUAUGAGAUUUUAAAGGACCGCACAUGUCCGUUUACGAUUGCUCCUUAUGAUAUGUAAAAAGUAGCCCGCAUCCACUGCAAGGAUUCAUGAACUCUAUAUGGCACCUGCUUGAAGUCAUAGAGGAAUGUGCUAUUUUUCUUACGCGGAAAGUAUGCGCCUUGUAGAGUGGAGUCGUUAAACGCUAACGCAAUAGCAUAUCAGGCUCAAAACUAUUCGGGAAGUAGGGAACUUUUUUGAAGCCUAAAUAUACACUUUCUUCGGAUGCGAAAUAUGAAAAAUAUGGUUCCUUUUACUUAUUUGAAAGAAAAUCGCAUUGUCUUCAUAUUUCGCAUCCGAAGAAAGUGUAUAUUUAGGCUUCAAAAGAGUUCCCCAAUUCCCGAAUAAUUUUGAGCCUGAUCUGCUAAUGCGGUAGCGUUUAGCGACUCCAGUCUUCAAGUUGCAUGCUUUCUACGUAAGGUCAAUAAAAUAUUCCUCUAUGACUUCAAGAAGGUGCCAUAUAGGGUUCGUUAAUCCUUGCAACGGAUGCGGACUACGUUGUACAUUUCAAGAGGAGCAUUUGUAAACGGACAUGUGCGGUCCUUUGAAAUCUCAUAAUUAGAAACGUUUUUGAAGCUUAAAUAUACACUUUAUUUGGAUGCAAAAUAUGGUGACAACGUGAUUUUCUACCAAAAAAAUAAAAAAAGCAUAUUUUGUGCAUGUUUUCCAUAAAAUAUAUUUGAAUUUAGAAGACCACCGAAAAUCAAUUUGAAAAAUGCGUGCUACAUAAGUAGUCAUUUUUUACUGAGUGCGGUUUCCGCAGGAGGUCAAGGAGAAGUGCAUUCGAGAGCAAACAUCCUGGUGAGUCCGAAAUGCUAUACUAUUACGCUGCAUGCUAAUCAAUCCUACAACCCCACCUAAGUAAUCUUGCUAAUCGAAAACGCAUUCCAGAAUUUCGGCCAAAAUUUUAUGAGAUGGCUCACGCACUGUAAGUCAUUGAAUGCGCCAUAAUAAAAACGAUAGUCGUUUGCGAGAAGCUUUGAGUUGUGCGUUGCUGUUCGUCAGUGUACUAUUGCUGACUUCGAAAAUUCUACCGAUCCGUCACCAUGUUGUUAAUACUUCAUACGAAAUUCGAUGUUUUCCGCAACACCAUUCUUUUCAGACUUUGUGGCAUGAGACUGCAGUUGAUUGGCUAACUCAUGAAAUGUUAACCGAAAUUCCGAAAUGCGUUUUCGUUUCAAAAAGAUUAAUUAAGUAGGAUUGUAAAAAUAAUCUGUCUGCAAAAUUACUCUGUAAUAUUUCAGUAAUCUCACGAUGCCCGCUUUCGAAAGAACUUCCUUCCGGUUGCAUGCAGAAGCUACACUCUGUAAAAAUGACUACUUACAUAGCAUGAAUUUUUCUCAUUGAUUUUCAAUACCCUUAAAUAGCAAUUAUAUUUCAUGGAAAACAUACAUAAAAAUAUUCAUUCUUUCACUCAUUCGGUAGGUAAUUACGUUUUCUUCCAAUUUUAUACUGGAAGGAGGGAUAUAAUUUGGUUUCAAAUAAGUUUCUAAUUGUGGGACUUUUAAAUACCGUGAAAUGGCCGUUCAUAAAUCGUCAUGCUUCUACAUUUACCAAUGUGGCUUGUAAAGUUAACAAUAUGGAUCGCAUCCACUGCCAAAUUUUAUGAACCCUAUAUGGUCCCUCUUUAUUACCGUAGAGAAAUGGGCGCUUUUCCGUACGCGCAAAAUAUACGGUUUGUAGUUUGGAAACCAUGAAUCUAAGUGUAAUUAUUCGGCAAUUGGAAAAGUUUUUGCAAACCGAAUAUUACCCUUCCUUCGAGCAUAAAAUUGGGAGAAGACGUAUGAGCAAAGGAAUGAAUAUUUUUCUGCAUGUUUUCCAUGAAACAUAAUUGGACUUUUGGGACAUCGAAAAUCAAUGAGAAAAAUCCAUGCUACGUAAGUAGUCAUUUUUACAGAGCGUAGUUUUUGCAUGCAGCCGGAAGGAAGUUCAUUCGAAAGCCGGCAUCCAGAGGUAACUUAAUUAUUAUAGAGUUCUGCUGCAUGACGAUUAGUUUUACAACUGUACUUAAUUAAUCUUUCCGAAACGAAAAUGCAUUUCGGAAUUCCGGCUGACAUUUCUUGAUUUAGCCCACCUACCGUACAUUUACAUCCUUUGAUUAUUCACGAUCAUCGGUAUUUCCUUUGAACCGAUCUAGCCCCUGGAAAUAAGGGAGGCCUUUCCAGAGAGAACUGCGAAGUACGACAAAUUAGGAGUUUAUAAGCCUGCCACCGACGUUCUCAGGAUAGCCUGGGCAAUGGAGGAGGGACGUCGGGUGACGCGUGAUAUCUGCGGAUCCGAUCCUGAACGAAUGUCCGCCUACCGAAUCGUCGAGUACCUCGAGCAGGUGUUUGGAAAUGACAGUCAGGUCACCAUGAAGGCCGAGCGUGUAGAUCCGGUGAAAUAUCCCUUCUGUGCAGCAGUCAACAGGGCUGCAAAAGGUUUGUUUGGUUGCACUGGGGGAAUCCCACUUUUAUGAUAUUUGCAUUAUUGCCAGUGACAUUUUGAAUUUGUGGUUACCUGCGACUUCUAAAAUAGUGGGGUUGGGAAUAUUUGGAAAUGUCCCUUCUCUGCAGCAGUCAACAGGGCUGCAAAAGGUUCGGCUGGUUGCAGUGGUAACAUUCCACAUUUAAGAUGUCCAUACCAUCGAGCACGACAUCCUGGAUUUCCGCCUAGCCUCAGUUCUUAGAAUAGUGCCUUACAGAUGUGCAGUACUUUGAGUCACAGCGUUAAUUUGAGAUUAGCUCAUGACUCUCUCUCCCUCUCUCUCUAAACUAUUGCCUACUUUCCGUGGGAUUUAUUGUACUUUGGCGGAAAUGUAAAUGCCCAAUGACAUAGCAAAUGGGUGUUCAAUGCCCAAAUAUGUCCUUUAAGUCUCUUUUUGGCCCUUGCAGAUGACAGUGAAUAAAUACAUCUCGAACAUAAUGUUCAGGUUCUGGCAUAGUCUUGCUCAUUCCCAGACAGCGGACCUUUAUUGGAAAGCAUCUCUUAUGGUUUCCACUUUAAAGCUAAUUCAGUACGGGUGACGGACUACAGCAACACCCGAUAUACAGUCAGUAUUCAACGGCAUACACGAGUUUGAGGGCCGCUGUUCGGGUGUCUUUUGCAAGAGUGCACAUUCUUCAAAAUAGACCUAAAAACGUCGCAAAAUGUCACAAGAUGUGGGCUUUCAAUCUUAUUUCUGAUGAGGCUCCGAUCUGUCCAGAAUACUCCCCGGGGUUCUAAGCGCCAUUUAAGACCUAAAUUUCCUAUCAUUUUUUUACAUAACUGUGCUCGUCGCAUAGUCGCGACCUGUAAUUAAUUCGCAUGACUUAACUGGCAACAAUGUAUCAUUCUCGGAAGGGCUCUGUACCAAUAACAUUUGCCUAAUCUAAUACCUGAGUCUCUACGCAAUUUCGGGAUAGUUCGACAGUCCGUGAACCUCGGCUCCUUGACCGUCGUUGUUGCUGCACAGGAGAAAAGGGAGUGCGUAGACUUCCGCCCCAGUUUUGCUCAUUAUAAUUAAAAUCGCGUGGAAUCCAUCAAUACGACUGGCAGACAUUAGUGUUCUUUGCCAAUGUAAGCGAAGAGACGAGUCCAGGAAGCCGGCUUGAGGAAGAAGACGCGAUCGCUGGGAUAACGGCGUUAUUUCGUAAACAGAUCUGAGAUCACGAAUGAAGGCGAAGUUUUGAGUUCCAGGUGUAUACAUAUUUGAAGAAGAAGAAGAGUCGAGCACUGGAACAAUUCAUUUAUUAUCCUGAGCUUUCAGACUCGUACAGGAGUCCAUCGUCGGAGGUAGUGGCAGAAACAGGACAAGCGGCAGUUAUAAGGCACGUAGACCCAAUCAUCGACCGACUUCGCACGACUGGAGGUGACUACGAAGGGCUCUGUACGCCGGCGCCAGAUCGAUAAAUCGAUUGACCGAGUUCUCAUCCGAGGCCCAGGCUUCAAUCAGUUCUCGGCCUGUUUUGUUUCCGGCGUGGGCAACUAUUUUGGUGGCUGCGAAAUCAAACUCGUGACCCAUUUCGUAGGUGUGGGCGGCCACUUGUGAAAUUGCGUCACCUCGCCGCACAGCCAGCUUAUGUUCAUGUAUGCGCGAUCCGAGUAUGCGUCCAGUCUAUCCUGUGUAAUUACAAGGACAAUUUUGACACGGAAUGAGAUACACUACUCCAGAUUGCUCUUCAGGUUUUAACCGGUCUUUGAUCUUCAUGACCCUGUUGCGCAUGGUGGCUUUGGGGCGGUGUGCGAUUCCAACCCCAAGCUCCGCAGCAAUGCGCUCGGUCGCUUCUGAAACACCCUUGAUGUAUGGCAGAGAAUGCCAUAUCGUCGCAUGCUCGGAUCGCGCAUACAUGAACAUAAGCUGGCUGAGCGGCGAGGCGACGCAUUAUCACAAGUGGCCGCCCACACCUACGAAAUGGGUCACGAGUUUGACUUCGCAGCCACCAAAAUAGUUGCCAACGCCGGAAGCAAAACAGGCCGAGAAUUGAUUGAAGCCUGGGCCUCGGAUGAGAACUCGGUCAAUCGAUUUAUCGAUCUGGCGCCGGCGUACAGAGCCCUUCGUAGUCACCUCCAGUCGAGCGACGUCGGUCGAUGAUUGGGUCUACGUGCCUUAUAACUGCCGUUUAUCCUGUUUCUGCCACUACCUCUGACGAUGGACUCCUGUACGAGUCUGAAAGCUCAGGAUAAUAAACGAAUUGUUCCGGUGCUCGACUCUUCUUUUUCUUCUUCAAGAUCUGAGAUCUUGUUUGUGACUGUCAGCCAUGUGCACGAACUCUGUGCUGCGAACGUAGCGCAUACGACUGCGUUUCUCAGGGCUGUGCACCCUGUCGGUAACAUCUAGUUUAAAUCCCCGAUCUGUCUUUCCUGGUCUGUGCAAGGCCUUUCGAUAGUCUGUAAACCUCGGCGACAACAGUACGCUUAUAAUCGACCCAGCUCCUCGUGCAUCCUUAUUGCUGCAUAAGAAAAGAAGGAUUCCGUACAAUUCUGCCACAGCUUUGCUCGUAACAUUUCGUGAUCUGUCUAAUAAGAGAUCACAGACUGCAAACUGCAAUAUUUGUAACGUACGAACUGCCCAAUCCUCAUCCACGAAAGCUAUACUGUGCUAAAGAAAUGACCAAGCUUCGAAAGACGAAGUAGUUGGCUUUGUAUAUUAUUAUUUAUUGACUAUGAAAUAAAUUAUUUUACGAAAAACCGCCAAAUCAACAACACAGAUCAAAAAGUUUCAAUUGCCUUUAAUUCAUCAAUGCAAUUAAACAUCAGUGUUUCCUCUCGAGUGCGAGUGCCAAGUCCUCGUUUUCCAGAAUCGCGCUGUGGUUUGUAGACGAGCAAUAAUACUUCGCUACUGUUGUUGCCAACCGCGGGGUUUAGGCGGAUGAUCCCACCUCGAGGAUGUCAUUAUCAUUAUUCAGGUGCAAGACAUCUCAAAAUCGAAAUCAGUCUGUGACCUGGGUUCAAAUGGACUGAUUGAAUCUAAUCGAUGUACCCUCAGCAAAUAAAUUCUGGUCUGCUUUCCAGAAUAUCCAGUGCAAACGCACACACACACACACUUUGAUAAGAAUGGGUGAAAACCCCUUUAACUGUUCCCAUUCUGCAGGAGUUGAACGGCACGAUGGACGCAUAGUCACGAUGGAGUACCAGGGCGCGGGUGCCCCCCAAGAAACUCUCCUCCUAACAGGCAAAGGCAUCACAUUCGACAGCGGCGGCGCCAACAUAAAGAUCAAGAACUUCAUGCAGGGUAUGCACCGAGACAAGUGCGGAGCUGCGGCGGUGGCUGGCUUCUUCAAGACCCUCAGCAUGCUGAAGCCGAGUUCCCUCAAGGUGAUGGGCUUCAUGGCUUUCGUUCGCAACAGUCCAGGCGCAGACGCAUACAUUCCGGACGAAAUUCUCACCAGCCUUGCCGGUCGCCGUGUACGAGUCGUGAACACGGACGCCGAGGGUCGCGUGGUCCUGACCGACAUGCUUUAUUAUGCGAAGGAGGCGGUACGUCUCUUGGUCUUCUUCCCAACUUCCCCGCAUUUUACCACUAUGCAUGUCAGUAAGCACACAACCUUCGGGGUGGACGUCGACCAUAUACUCAUGUACUUACAACUACGGUAGUCAGCAUAUUCAGUUUAUUUACGAAGCUAGGUUGGUGUCUUCUAUAAACGGAGUAGGAGUUUGCAUUGAUUAAUCAAAAGGCAGGAAGGUUCAUCAAUUAAUUCGAACGACGUCAAUUACUGUAACAGCUAAUGUUACUAAAAAUAUGUUAGUAACACAUCUGUAUCACAUUCAGUUGCAUCCACUUGGUGAAUUUACGAUAGCGUCCGCGACGUGGAUCAGCCACCGCACACCAUACUUAUCACAUGAUACAUUUAUCUAAACGGUAUGAGCAUCAAAUCUUGUCACAAAAAGACCUCGAAAGCUCACAAGGUCACACUUUUUCGUUAAACUUUGAGAUAGUGGUUAAUUCAUUGAUAGGACCUAGUUAGUUGUGACUGUCAUAAUCUGUGUGGAGACUUAUGCAAAUCCCAAAACACAGAUGAAAAAUCCGUACUCGCAGUUUUGGAAAUCUGCAUUCUGCAUAAAGGAUGUUGAUGCCGAUGUCUCUCCCAUGCCGGGCAGCAAUGCUGAACGAGGUCGCCUGAUUAAAUCAUGCUUUUCAUAUCCUACGACGCAAUUUCAUUUUCUUAGGGAUCAUUUCCGGAAUUUCUGAUAAAUCGCACUUAAACGACCCUAACAUGCGAGCUUUUGGAAAUUUUAGGCCCUCAAGGAAACCAACCCACACAUCUUCUCCAUCGCCACUUUAACUGGACAUGCACGGGCGACCUAUCUCGUGUACUCAGUAGGUCUUCAACAAAACUGUUACAAGCCCUCUUUGAAUGCGAAUGGACAUUGAAACUUCAGACUGUAUCAGCAAUGAUUUGGUCUGCAGUUUGAUGGAAAAUCAGAUUACAGAUUGUGCCUACUAAGAGUGGACGAAUAGUACCAUAAAUGGCAGUAGCACAUAUAUGCGGAGUUCACUGCAGUUUUAAGCAUUCUUUCAAGUUAAACUGACUGUUGUAUAUUGAUUUGGAAGGAAGACAUUAUACUAUAUUGUCUUUCAGUAAUUCAUGAAUUGAGGUCUACUGACUAUCUGACAAUAUACUUCUCAGUUUCACACGAUCAUAAGACGAAAACUGAUAUAUGCUAUUCUGCCUAUGUAUCAUGCGCCGCUGUGCGGCAGCUAGUUGGGCUUGAGAGAGAGCCCUUAAGGCACAACGGAACGAGUGAGUUCUGUAUGAACGAUCGGCGAGCGCCCCCUAUCAUCAUUAUAUAUAUUAUAUAUAUUAUAUAUUAUAUAUAUAUAUAUAUAUAUAUAUGUAUCAAGCAAUAUGCGUGAAAAUCCGAAGUCCAGAUAUAUUACCGUGUAUAUCAUCCCCCGAGGAAAACGGAGAAGAGAAAGCGAUUUCAUGAACCAGGUUGUAUUCAGACUGACGUUUCGGAAACUCUCUCGUUUCCAUCUUCAGAGUCGUGCGCUGACGUUUCCCGCUGGCCUUGAUCUGUUCAGCCUUGCCGCCUGCCUUGUAUUAUAACCGGGCCCAGCGCACGUUUGUUGACUAGUUUGCUUUCCGUUGGCUGAUUGUCGCCUCCCUGAUCUCAGCUAUUGGCGGACUGGCGUGGCAUGUGUCCCCCUCACGCCUUACGUGAUUGCGCUGCGUUGGCGUGCUCGUUGGCUUCCCCCUCGUCAGACGGCGGGCUGAUCGAUCGCUGUUCCUCAGGCGUGGUGUUUCCGGCCUCGCGGGUACGUCCGUGAGAUGGUGUGCCACGCCGGUCACGUGACAUUCGGUCAGCGCCUUCUCCUCUUUCCGCGAGCGUCGGCGGUCGACCCCGUGUGACUCUUUUCAUCCGUGUCAUCGGCCCUGCCUGGACAGAUUCGAGUCUUGCGCGGAGCGCCUGGUCGGCUGGAUGUAGGUCUAGGGCCCGGUUGAGUGUGCCAGUCGAGGAACAACUUUCUAGCAUUAGUCUGGCCAUUUUAUCAUUGACUCGGCCGAUCACACUCGCUUUCUCGAAGGCGAAACUGUGAUUCCGCUGUAGUGUGUGGCCGUACACCAACGACAGCUUAUCUUUACGACUGACUGCUGGCUGGUGCCUGUGCAAUCUUUUGCCGACGUGUUUUCCCGUUUCACCUACAUACCUGGCAUCCCAAUCUUGGCAUGGUUUGCUGUAGACCACCGCUGAUUGUUCUGUCACCGGGAGCGGGUCUUUGGGCCUCAUGAUGUGCUGUCUGAUUGUUGAUCAUUUGACCGCCCCGAGUGGGACUUCCUGAAACAGUUGCGUAUGAACGACUUCGGGUAACCGUUGGCUUCAAUCAGGGCACGUAAGUACUUCACCCCCUUCUUCCUGCCAUCGUCGUUGCUGCAGUGUGUUUGGGUGCGUUGGAAAAGGGUCCUGACACAACUGCGUUUGUGACCGACGGGGUGGUUGCUUCUGAAGUGGAGGAUGCGCCUAGUGCUAGUCGCCUUACGGUAGACCGUCGUCUUUAUAUUCCCGUCUGCCAGUUUUGCAACUUGUACGUCUAGGAAAGGCAAUCGAUUGUCGGCCUCUUCCUCCAUAGUGAACUGUAUGUCGGGAAAUAUCAAGGUACGCACGACUGGUACACUCAACCGUGCUAUAGAUCUACGUCCCGCCUACCAGGCACUGCGUACAAGGCUCGGAUCAGUCCGGACAGGACCAGUAAGGCAAGCGAGCACGCGGGACCGAGAGUCAACGCACACGGAAAAGAGCGAAUUGGGGGCCAGAGGUCAUGUGGCCAAAGCCGAACACUGUCUCACCGAUGCGCCCGCGAAGCUGAAUGCUGCUCACCUGAACAGCAACGAUCGAUCAGUCCAACGGCUGACGUGGGAGGGGCCAAGCGGCACGUUGAUUUGGCCACAAUUACGCCGACCCCAAAGGGAAAAAAGGUCACGCAGGCCUGUCAGUGGUCAGCUCCGGGGAGGUCUAAGCCAGUCAGCGACAAACAGGCAGGUCAAAGUUCUUGCGUCCAGCACGGCUAUAAUACAAGGCAAGCGGCAAGACUGAACAACUCAUGACCGGCAAGUGCAACAAUUACGCUACUCUGAUGAUGGAAACGAAGAAGUUUCCGAAACUUCAGUUCGAAUACAAUAUGUUCCAUGAAUUCGCCCUCUCUUCUUCGUCGUCUUCUUCAGAAGAUGAUGAACGCGAGAUAUAUAUAUUACUGUCAAGGGUUAAUGGAAACUAGUCUUCUAGCACAUCAGCGUUACGAGGAAUGGAUGCGUACCAGCCAUGUAAAACUUAUUUAAAUCCGCGAUAAUAUUUUUUUAAAAACAAAUAUUAUUUAGAGACUCCAAACACUUCGGUGGCAUACGCGGAUGAAAUAUACUUCCUCAUGACUGCAAAAUCCCCCACUUACGUUCCAGGACAUUAUUUAUUGGGGUGCUUCUUCGGGUAAAUAAGCCAUAAUUGUGAUUUUUUCCAACACGCUUGCUUCGUUGAUGCAAAGCCUUAGGACCAUGCAAAAAUCCUACUAUUUUUUUAAAGACGGUGCCCCUUCUUUCGGCUGUGGUUUCUGUGAAUUACCUUUUUGUGGAUCGUUGGUGGAAUAGUUAACCUGGUUCAUGACUCGGAGCUUGAUGGAAAAAAAUAUUUGUCAGCGCCCCUGCCAGCAACAUCCCAAUCUUGCCGUCUUCUCAGUUUUUUCCUGUUCACUUUCUUAACGCCAUCGAUUAAGUCGCUUUAGAGGGCAUCCUCGAUGAUUGGUGAUACAGACCCCAGUAAGAAUGUUCAUGCCAGGUUGGGCUGUUUAACUGUCCAUAACUAGUUACUGUAUGGUUUUCAGUAGGCCUUGUUUUAUUUAUUCCUUCAAAAGCACAGGACAUCCGCACAUAUGCGUUACCUAGCACAUUGAUACCACCACAUUCGCAGACUCGCCCCAAUUAUGAUCAACAGGUGAUCGAGGCACGCGAAGGUGAAAUGUACCACUUUAUAAAGGAUGCAGGAUGUGACGACUAGCGAUCUUCAAGACCUCUUUGACUGAAAAUUAAAUACAACUGGGAUUCAAAUAGUAUAUUCAAAUGGAAACAUGCCGCGACAUUGAUCUCAAUUUGAUAUCAGAACGUAUUUUUCAAACCGAGGUGACUAUAACUUCUCCAUAAGUCUCCAAUUUCACCUCUAAGCGAGGACGGGUUCCGGUAUAGACAAGUAGUUGUUUCUGUUCGAUUGUAAUCACAGUAGUGGUUGGGAAAUUUAGCAUUUGGUAGUCCGCAACACGAAGUGAGGCUGUUUGAGAACUGGUUUUCCUUAAAUUUAACAAGCAGAAGUCAAUUAUUCUUCUGUGUCUCUACACCAAUCUUUUCUGUGGAAGUAUUGUGUCUGCUGUCAAUCUAAAAAUGACCUCAGCGACUCACCAGUCUGUCUUCUGCUGUUUAGCGAAUUCUUUAAGCGAUACCCCCCUUCUCUGGAGCUCUCAUGCUCUAUAAUAUGUAAUAGUGACCAAUUUUUCAGGCAAAGAUCUGUGAUGCAUUGAUACACUUUUAAUUAGGCCAUAAUGGACAAUGGACCCGCACGACGAAAGAAAACGGCCGCGUCAAUUCAAAAGGCUGGCGAUCGGAUUUCAGACAUGAUGGAGGUUAGUUUGUCUGCCGCUGCUUUACAUCUUUGCAUUGACUGUUUUUCACGUUAAAGAAGACUUAAUCACUUCAGCCGCAAUCAAUAUAUGCCCUUUAGAAUUCAUUUUGACUAUCACUCAUUGAGACAGUCUCAGAUAUGUGUCAUUUUGACAACUGAAUACACCGGAAUUUACAUCGUCGGAGUAUAAAAACUCGUAGACCUCGGCGCAUGCGAAAGAUGAGCUUUAACUCCCUCGGAUCUAGGCAAUCAUCAUGCUCUUUUAGGAGUUUAAGAAUGAUCUACAGCUAUCAGAAACUCCCAAGUAUUUGAGAGAACGCAACGUCGGUCGUCAGUGCUGACUGCUCCCAAAUUCUCAAGAAACCGCCUUCGCGGCUUUCGAACGAGAAAGAAUGCUAAUUACUCGACGACAGUUCGACCGACUUUAUUCACCGUAUGCUCCACAGUAGGCCGAAAGCAGGUGCGGAGAUUUGCGCGCGAACUAGUUUGUAGUGUUAGUGGACUUGCACAGCAUCCAUCUCACUCUCUCUUCUCCACCUGAGCCCAGUGGCAAGACGACGUCAAGACCGAAGGUGAAAGACAGCGCAGCUGGCUGGUACGACAAAACCCCUUCAUCUAGACAUACCACCACACACCCUGGUCCAGAACGGACAAUGACAAGAAUUUUAUACACCAAGAGAAAUGGGGGGAGGCGACACGUUUAUCAAUAGGCGCCGCAUGAGCCUGCGACUGGGCGCGUCGCUUAAGCCCCCCCCCCUCACAUGUUGACAUGUUUUAUGCGUUCGCAUUCAUGAUAGCACCUGCUGAACUCUAAUCUGGCCACCGUGUUGGUCCAUCGCCAACACGUGGACAGUUUUAGGGGCAGAAUUAUUAACUCACUCAGCAUGACUGGCAGUGGUCGAACAUCUGCUUACGUUGUCAUGUCACUGUCGUAAAAGAGGUGAAGUUCUCGUCAAAACACGCUUGAACCGAUGUCAAAUGAAUUUACGCUUUACGGCUGUAAUUUAUCUUACAAACUAGGCGUUCGAUUACUUGUUCGCCUCCACAGUAUUCUGAGGGCUUAGGCCACUGUUUGUGAACUAGGUCAUGGAGAGAAGGGAUGUAAUUUUUUUCAUGUAUCCUCCUAUUCGCUGCCAUUUAGAUAUCGACAAUCAGGAGGGAGGACUAUGACGUCACGAAUGGCCAAUCGGAGUACGAGGAUUUGAUGCAGUCUUUCCACUUGAAUCCAUCAGAGCAUGCUCGAGGACACCAAUUUCCAGCAGCCUACCUCAUCCGAGCGAGUGGAUUGGACGAAGUGAGUUGUCACCUGCCUUUCCGCUGUAGACGUUCAGCGUCCAGAUCUCUCCGCCCGACUGGGAUGUCUCGGUUCUCAGGAGGAUGAGCUAGUGGAUGUGAACAGCAUUGACGUGGUUAAGUUGCAACAUCCAUCUUGACGUCGGUUGAAGGCGAUCUCUAUAGCCUGCAGCGACGGGUUUGUGAAUAUGCUGUCGGCAAUUUGCAUCUUUAUCGGGGUGGGAUUUCUCAGCACAUAAUUGAGGAGAGUGUACAAGGACCUCUGAACGGCCUCAAGCGCUCUACAGACUGCGAGAGAAGUGAGCAGUAGGGUUCAACUAAACAAAUCCGAGCCCUCCAGACAGCGUUACAGAUCCCGCGUCUUGAUUUUGACAUCCUGAUAGACGGCCGACCUUAGUGUCUGGUAGAUACCGCACGCGAAUUGUCGCCGUUGCAAACACCUGCGUUGGGUUAGGGAUGGCGGCCCGCGAACACUUCAUCCGCUCGAGAGGACUAGGUGUGGUGUGGCCAACCAAUCUUGAGCAGUUUUCAAGGAUUCUUGUAGAAUCCACUCCGUGCUUCAACUACUGCAUUAAGCCUUCAAUAUAAACUAUAUCAAAACCAAAACGCACAAGAUUACCCCCUAGAAAAUUGCCUUCGUUAUGACGGCAUAUUUGGGAGCACUGAAUAGUCCUGGUAGUCCUGAUGUUGGAGACCACAAAAUUUGGCAGACGUGGAUUCUUGGGAGAAGCCCGGGAUAUUUUGCAGGAUGUCUGAGGUUUAGGCAAUCGGCAGAGAGGGUCCUUCAGACGCAGUGUUACUGUGGCAGACAAAGGAGGCAUUUGUGAUCAUUUAGAGGGCCAAGGGCAAAACCUCGGUCAGUAGUUUGUCCUGCAAUUGGGAUUUAACUUCAAACCUCACGGUCGUGUACCCUCAAGAAUCCUCGAUCGUAGCGGGCGGGAGUGGGAGAUCGUGGUCCAAUGAAAGAGCAGUUGGCUCGUCAACGGAAGAGUCCUGAUUCGGAGUCUGAGUCCACCCAGACUGUGUUUGGGACUUGGAAGACUAAGUCUCUGCAAAACAAACUUUAGACCCGGCAGAAGAGAUGUCUACAAAAUAGGACGCCUCAGAACUUUCUUUUGCGUCUUACAAUUUUUUUGUCCCCUAAUUACGUCCUUUUCACUUUGCAGCACGGCCUAAACUCUCCGCGGCCGAUUCCCUACACCCAUGUGGACAUAUGUCCCGCCAGAGGCAGGGAUACUGAGCCCCCAACGGGUGUUCCAAUCAUGGCAUUCACAGUGCGAUACGUACUACCCCGACUAGGAGUAACGGAAGAAGCUGCAACCUGCGCCUGCCUCGCCUAA